UCCGGGGUGGGACCACCUUAUUAACGCAAUAAAAAUAAUAUAAAUAACAAACAACUAAUUAAAAAAAUAUUCUAAGUUUGCUAACUAACAAGCAAGAUGGCAACCAAAUUUUUAGUUCUCGCCGCAUUCAUUGCAGUAGCUAAGGCCGGUUCUUGGGGUUCAGGUUUCGGCUACGCCGCGCCAGCUCUUGUCGCUCACGGAUCUCACGAUGCCAUCUCUACCUACUCCACUGUUCAACACCAUGCUCCAGCCGUACACUCCUAUGCCGCUCACGCUCCCCUUGUCCAUGCUCCAGUUGCCCAUUCCUACGCAGCUCCUUUGGUUCACGCCCCAGUCGCUCACGCUUACGCUGCUCCUGUUGCUCACGUUCAUGAUGAACCCUCUGCACCAGCCCACUACGAUUUCGCAUAUGGAGUAAGUGACCCUCACACCGGAGAUGCUAAGAGCCAACACGAAUCUCGUCGUGGAGAUGUUGUUCACGGAAGCUACUCACUCGUGGAAUCCGAUGGAAGCAAACGUACCGUCGACUACACUGCUGAUCCACACCAUGGAUUUAACGCUGUUGUACACAAAGAACCUUCCGUACAUGCUGUUGCCCCAGUUGUUGCCAAAAUCGUAGCCCCAGUAGCUCAUGCUGCUCCAGUAGCUCAUGCUGCAUAUGCUGCCCCAGUUGCCCAUGCUGCUUACGCUGCUCCAGUUGCUCAUGUUGCUCAUGCUGUCCCAGUUGCUCAUGCUGCUUAUGCUGCUCCAGUAGCCCACGCCGCUUAUGCAGCACCAGCUGUUCAUGGAUACGCUAGCUCAGUUGCUCAUGGUUACGCUGCUCCUUUGGCUCAUGGUCAUCAUGCUUAUGCUGCUCAUGCUCCAGUCCUUUCACAUAACUUAUGGUAAUUCUAAGAAGAAAUAAUUGUAGAUUUUGUAUAGAACUUAUUUAUACUGCUUGCAAUACAAUAAAAGGUUGUCAAAAAAAAUUAA